AUGAUUGAGAUCAGCCGGCUGGACCUGGGCCUCAUUGUAGAGGUGUGGAACAAAGGUCUCAUCUGGGACACCAUGUUAGGAACGGCCUGGAUCCCACUCAAAAGCAUCUGCCAUUCAGAGGAGGAGGGCCCUGGUGAUUGGAUAUUUCUGGACUCUGAAGUUCUGAUGAAGGCAGAUGAGAUAUAUGGGACUAAAAAUCCAACUCCACAUCGGGUCCUGCUGGACACUCGCUUUGAACUGCCCUUCGAAAUCCCAGAGGAUGAGGCUCGAUACUGGACCGGCAAACUGGAACGCAUCAAUGCUAUGGGCGUUCAUGAUGAGUUUCCCUUACAGGAUGAAGUAGCGGGACGCCCCCUUCCCUGCGCUGCCUCUCAAUGCUCUUUGGAUGACCUGGACAGUGCAGUGGAUGAUAGAGACAGUGACUACAGGAGUGAGACGAGCAGUAGUUUACCUCCACGCUACCACACUACAGCCCAGCCCAACUCUUCACUUCACCAGUAUCCCAUGGGGCCACGCUUUCAGCAGCACAUGGAUUCCUGUGCUGACUCUUUGCACAGCUUUGAAUUUGACUAUAGAGAUCACCAUGCAAGCAGUCCUGUGGACUCCAGUCGUUUUGGAUCUUCGGGGAACCUCAGCCAAGCUAGUUCCCAGCUCAGUGAGACUGGUCAAGAGAGUGCUGCUUGUUCAGAGUUAGAGGAGUCCUACCAUUCCUACCACAGUACCGGCUAUCAACCAUCCAGAAAUGGGCAUCACCCUACCAAUGAACAAACCUCCUGGGGGGAAGAUGAAGGAUUGAAAUCCUCCCAAGAAAAUGGAAAGGGUAUAAGCUGCACCAUAAGAAAGGAAGCGGUUUCUCAAGUGGACAAAAUGCCUAAUAAAACUCUCAAAGGCUUCAGGGACGAUGGAAUGCCUUUGCCAUUCUCUCCAUCCAGAUUGCGCUGGCUUAAGGCAAUCAACAAAGUGAGAGUUCAACUUAAGGAGGGCAAAGAAAAUGGAGAUAAUUCAAGACAUGCUUGGAUUAAAGCUGGAAAUGGGAGUGGAAUAUUUGGAAUUGACAGUAUGCCAGACCUUCGAAAGAAAAAAGCUAUCCCUCUGGUUAGCGAUGUGGCUAUGUCACUGGUCCAAGCCAGGAAGGCUGGCAUUGCAUCGGCGAUGGCCUCGCGCUCCUCCAUAAAAGAUGAGGAACUGAAGAACCAUGUGUAUAAGAAAACGCUGCAAGCUUUAAUCUACCCCAUUUCUUGUACAACACCUCACAACUUUGAGAUAUGGACGGCCACAACGCCCACCUACUGUUACGAGUGUGAGGGGCUUCUUUGGGGCAUUGCGCGGCAGGGCAUGCGCUGCACGGAGUGCGGGGUCAAAUGUCAUGAGAAGUGUCAGGAGCUGCUGAAUGCUGACUGCCUGCAGCGCGCGGCUGAAAAGAGCUCCAAACAUGGUGCCGAGGACCGCACUCAGAACAUCAUUAUGGCCAUGAAGGAUCGCAUGAAGAUCCGUGAGAGGAACAAGCCUGAGAUCUUUGAGGUCAUCCGAGAUGUGUUUGUGGUCAGCAAGGCUAUCCAUGCUCAGCAGAUGAAGACCAUCAAGCAGAGCGUCCUGGAUGGAACGUCCAAGUGGUCAGCCAAGAUCACCAUCACAGUUGUCUGUGCUCAAGGACUGCAAGCUAAAGAUAAGACUGGUUCCAGUGACCCCUACGUGACUGUCCAGGUGGGUAAAACCAAAAAGAGGACCAAGACGAUCUACGGCAACCUCAAUCCUGUCUGGGAGGAAAAGUAUCAUUUUGAAUGCCAUAACUCCUCUGAUCGCAUCAAAGUUCGUGUUUGGGAUGAAGAUGAUGACAUAAAGUCAAGAGUAAAGCAGCGUUUAAAGAGAGAAUCUGAUGAUUUCCUGGGCCAAAGCAUCAUUGAGGUUCGCACACUGAGCGGAGAAAUGGACGUCUGGUAUAACCUCGAGAAAAGAACGGACAAGUCUGCUGUUUCUGGUGCCAUCCGUCUUCAGAUCAGUGUGGAAAUUAAGGGUGAAGAGAAAGUGGCCCCCUACCAUAUCCAGUACACCUGUCUACAUGAGAACCUCUUUCAUCACAUCACAGAUGUCCUCGGUCAGGGUGUGGUGAAAAUCCCAGAAGCCCGUGGCGAUGAUGCCUGGAAAGUCUACUUUGAUGAUGUGCCACAAGAGAUAGUGGAUGAAUUUGCAAUGCGCUAUGGGAUUGAAUCCAUCUACCAGGCCAUGACGCACUUUGCAUGUCUCUCGUCUAAGUAUAUGUGUCCCGGGGUCCCUGCUGUGAUGAGCACCCUGCUGGCCAACAUCAACGCCUACUACGCCCACACCACUGCAUCCACCAAUGUCUCCGCUAGCGACAGAUUUGCUGCAUCCAACUUUGGGAAAGAAAAGUUUGUCAAGCUUUUGGAUCAGCUGCACAAUUCCCUGCGCAUUGACCUCUCAAUGUAUCGGAACAACUUCCCUGCAAGCAGUAAGGAGCGUUUACAGGACCUCAAAUCUACUGUGGACCUCCUGACCAGCAUCACCUUCUUCAGAAUGAAGGUCCAGGAACUGCAGAGUCCCCCGAGAGCCAGUCAGGUUGUGCGAGACUGUGUCAAAGCCUGCCUCAACUCCACCUAUGACUACAUCUUCAACAACUGUCAAGACCUGUACAGUCGCCAAUAUCCUCAGAUCGGAGACACGCAUAAGGAGGAGUGCACCCCAGAAGAUCAGGGCCCAAGCAUCAAGAACUUAGACUUCUGGCCCAAACUCAUUACUCUGAUAGUGUCCAUCAUUGAGGAGGACCGUAACUCCUAUACACCAGUCCUUAACCAGUUUCCUCAGGAGCUGAAUGUGGGAAAACUGAGUGCGGAGGUCAUGUGGAAUCAGUUCUCUCAGGAUAUGAAGUACGCCAUGGAAGAACAUGAAAAACACCGGCUGUGUAAGAGCGCAGACUACAUGAACCUGCACUUCAAGGUCAAAUGGCUGUAUAACGAAUAUGUGAAGGAUCUGCCAGCUUUCAAGGGAGUUGUUCCCGAAUACCCCACGUGGUUCCAGCAGUUUGUGCUGCAGUGGCUGGAUGAGAACGAGGAUGUGUCCAUGGAGUUCAUGCAUGGAGCCCUGGAGAGAGAUAAAAAAGAUGGAUUCCAGCAGACGUCAGAGCAUGCUCUCUUCUCCUGUUCGGUGGUGGACGUCUUCACCCAGCUCAACCAGAGCUUUGAGAUCAUCAAGAAACUGGAGUGUCCCGACCCCAAAGUCUUGGCCCUCUACAGCCGCCGGUUCGCCAAGACCAUUGACAAAGUUCUGCUACAGUACAGUGCCAUUUUGAAGAAGAGCUUCCCGUCCUAUUGUGAUAAGGAGAAGAUUCCAUGCGUCUUGAUGAAUAAUGUCCAGCAGCUGCGUGUCCAGCUUGAGAAGAUGUUUGAGUCUAUGGGUGCCAAACAGGUGGCGGUCAGCAGGAACCAGUUGGACACAGAGGCCAGUGACCUCCUGAACGAUCUCCAGGUCAAGCUGAACAACGUCUUGGACGAGCUGAGCAGCACCUUUGGAAACACUUUCCAGAGCCGCAUUGAUGACUGCAUGCGUCAGAUGGCCAGCCUGCUGUACCAGAUCAAGGGUCCCGUGAACGCCAACACACGCAACCAGGUGGAGGCCGACUCUGACAACAUGCUGCGGCCACUGAUGGACUUCCUGGAUGCACAUCUGAUGCUGUUUGCCUCGGUGUGUGAGAAAACCGUGCUGAAGCGAGUGCUGAAGGAGCUGUGGAGAAUUGUGAUGAACAGUCUUGAGAAGACCAUCAUCCUUCCCCAGGGCAAUGACACCUUUGGAAUGAUCUUUUCAGCAGCUAAAGAACUGGGUCAGCUCUCCAAACUCAAGGAUCACAUGUCUGGUGAAGCUAAAAGCUUGACGCCCAAGCAGUGUGCGGUCAUGGAUGUGGCCCUUGAUACCAUAAAGCAAUACUUCCACGCUGGAGGAAAUGGUCUGAAGAAGGCCUUUCUGGAGAAGAGUCCUGAGCUGUCCUCGCUGAGACAUGCACUGUCCCUCUAUACGCAGACCACCGACACACUUAUCAAGACGUUUGUCACUACUCAGCAUGCUCAAGUGCAUAAUGGGAAGGGUAUGAGGAUAACAUCUAGUGAGAAAAUACAGCCGUCUAGGGGCUCGGGAGUUGAUAAACCAGUAGGGGAAGUGUCCAUACAGAUCGACCUCUUCACUCACCCGGGCACAGGAGAGCAUAAAGUUACAGUUAAAGUUGUGGCUGCUAAUGAUCUGAAGUGGCAGACGUCUGGGAUGUUCCGGCCAUUUGUGGAGGUCACCAUGAUCGGCCCUCAUCUCAGCGACAAGAAGCGCAAGUUCACCACCAAAUCAAAGAACAACAGCUGGGCGCCCAAAUUCAACGAGACCUUCCAUUUUAUUCUUGGGAACGAGGAUGGGCCGGAGUGUUAUGAGCUGCAGGUGUGUGUGAAGGACUACUGCUUCGGCCGUGCGGACCGUGUGGUGGGCAUCGCCGUCAUACAGCUGCGUGAUGUCGCACCGAGGGCCAGCUGUGCCUGCUGGUGUCCACUGGGCGCACGGAUACACAUCGAUGACACAGGCCUCACCGUCAUGCGCAUCCUCUCCCAGCGCUCGGGCGAUGAGGUGGCCAAAGAGUUUGUGAAACUCAAGUCUGAGACACGCUCGGCCGAGGAGGGGAGGUGAGGACGUUCCUACAGCAGAAGACAAUCUCAGACUAGACAAGGAUUGGCUGGAUGUCAACACUGUCACCUUUUUUGUGUCCACACCAAUGUUUUUGCUGCCCACUGACACCCACAGAGAAGGCCAUGUGACAUGUUUUAUAUGUGUUAGUUUUAGCAGUGGAUGAGGCGGUGGGGGGUCAACUAGAAGAAAAGACUGAAAACAAUAUUUUUUCUUCGUAUAUUGAUAUAGAGAAAACACUCACACAUCCAGCCACUAACACACUGGCAAAAGACUAGUUAGGUUAGAUACCAGUAGUGAGGGAUAGACAAACAGUCCUAAGUUGUAUCGUGCCAAAAUUUAGUCUAAUUUCGUUUGUUGUCCAUUGGAUAUUUUUUUCGAUUAUUCAUAUGGGUGAAUCUCAUGAAAACAUUUAGCUCAAAAAUUAAAUGUACAAUUAAA